UGAGCAGCGAAAAUUCGCACUCGCUCGCACUUGAUUCGGCGUGCAAGACGUGACGACGAGAGCAGCCAAGGCAGCACGAUGAUGGGCGAACUCACCGUUUCGAGCAUCCCCCUGGACGCCCUGUCCGACGUGUCCGAGAGCAGCCGCGAUGAGAUCCGCGAACACUGCGGGCCGGACGUCUAUCAGGAGCGCUUCAGGGUCGACCGACCCAAGCUUGAGCAGAUGAUGCAAGGGGAAAACAACUGCGCUGAAGGAUUCUUCCAAAAGAUCAUGGAGAACACUAACACAUACAUAUCUUGGCCACAGCGCCUGAAGGUUGGCGCCAAAUCUAAGAAGGAUCCUCAUGUUCGGAUUGCUGGAACCCCUGAAAAUGUAGCUGUUGCUCGCGCUCGAGUUUUGGACGUGCUGGAAGCCAAGCAAUGUGACAGAGUGAAUAUGAAAAUCGACGUCAGCUACACAGAUCACUCUCACAUCAUUGGGAAAGGAGGUUUCACCAUCAAGCAGGUGAUGGAGGCCACCGGCUGCCACAUCCACUUUCCAGACUCUAACAGGACCAACCAGAAUGAGAAGAGCAACCAAGUCUCUAUAGCUGGUCCACUAAACGGUGCGGAGCGCGCCAGGGCUAGCAUCAGGCGUUUGAUGCCACUGAACUUCAGCUUUGAUAUGCCAGUAGUUGGCGCUGCUCAGUCCAUUCCAGACGUCAACAGCCCCUCGAUCAAGAUGUUCUGUCAGCAGUUCAAUGUGGAAGUGGCCAUUAGGCAGCGCUUCAAGCUUCAUGCAACCCUGGUGGUUGUAAAGGGUUGUGACUGGGAAGUGGAUCGUGUCAAGCAGGCCACACGCACACUCAUAAAAUCUCUCUGUGGACCAGAAAAUGCGAUCCACGUGCCUGUUGAAAUGAGUCUUGAAAUCUCCACCCAACAUCACACUGCAGUGCUGGGCGCUCGUAGUAUCAAUUUGAGCACAAUCAUGCAGGAAACCAAUACUAAAAUACUGUUCCCUGAUGCCGAGGACCCGAACAUUGCAAGUCUAAAGAAGAGCAACGUCAGGAUCAUAGGAGACAUUGACCAAGUCUAUCUCGCCAGGCAGCAGCUUAUUGGUUCCUUGCCAGUGAUGGUGAUGUUCGACCUGCCAGUUGGGAUUUGUUCCGAUGUUGAAAACCACAUUAACCUGCUCAUGCAACAACUGGACGUGAGCAUCAAGCUGCGGCUCAAGUCGCGACAGAGCACCCACUCUGUCACUAUCAGAGGCAUAGAGCGAUGUGUCACCAACGUCUACAUUGCUACGCACACUCUUCUGAACUUGGAAGGCCCUCAGGUCAAAGCUAGCACUCCAGAGAGCUAUAGGAUUCCAGCACUGCCAGAGGACUUCAGUGUGCGCAAUCUGCUUACAACUGCAGCGUCGAGAAGUGUUCGCUUGAACAAUAUUUCUGGCAUCUCGCACGCCUUUCCAUCUCCACCGCUGUUUUCACCAACCGGAGUGGUUCCUCCAAGGAACACUUGGAAUCAAAUGUGGCCUUCCAAAGAUUCCUACAUGCACCAAAACAGCAUGAACCACCACAUUGCCUCAAACCUGACAAGCGUGCCUCGCAUUGUGGUCCCCAGUCACUCUUUGGUUCCAAUGUUCCCUUCGCCAGACAGUGCCAUCCAUUCAUUCAGCACAAUGUCAAGCCCUAAUCUGAGUCCUCGCAUGAACUCUCCUGGACGUGCUCAACACUCCGACUCAAACUCUGACAUUUCAAGCCUGUCAGAUAUCGAUCGACGAGCUCCCGGCUGUGAGCGUAGGACUCUGAAGCAUGGCUCCAGUCUUUCAGACUUUCGUAAAAUGGCUGGAUACAAAGCAAUGCACUCUAAAAUUACUCCUGGAGAACCUCGAGUGCCAACGUCCCAGUGGUCGGGCACUGGUCUGAGUGCCUCGACUCCUGACUAUGUGUUGCGCAAGUUGCAACAACUGGACCUGGCUGCCUGUCAGGAAAAGGAUUCCACGUGGCCACCAAGUGAGCCCGACUACCUUCCUGAAUGGUCAGCCUCCAAUCUUUUUGACUCGGUGUCCAAGCAGGCCUUGCACUACCAGUCGGAAUUCGAAUGCAGUGAUCUCGGCACCCUGUUCAUGCAGCAUGGCCUUACUAGAUACACUGAACUGUUCAGUGCUCAUGAGAUAGAUUUCGGCCUUUUCCUCACCCUGAAGGAGGUUGACUUAGUAAAUCUGGGUGUGGACAAGUUUGGCCCUCGCAGGAAGAUGAUGGCUAUUAUAGCAGAUAUUAAGUCGUUGCAAGCAAGGGACUCCCUCUGAAAUGAUUACUCGACUGACCACGAUGACGACUUUGGCUGAGUUUAAGGUUUCGAUAACUGAUUACCCCCAAAUUUUAGAUGCUUUGGUUUCAAGUCUUGCGAGCUUGAUAUAAUACCAAACAUAAGUCUUGAAAUUUAACAAUCUUCGCAACGCACAAUCAUACCAGUAAUUUAUUCUCAGAAUGGUAUUAUUUUACAUGUAAAAUUAUUCAAGAUGUAAAGCUAUAUUUAUUUAUCAAUGAAAUGAAAAUUAUAAUAGUGAAAAUUUGGCCCCACGCUAUGAUGUCCAUAUAAUUUAUUAAUCUUUAAGAAAAAUUUUAUUUAUUUAUUGCUGAUUCCAAGCAACACAAUAAUGAAGCAACCCACAGAUAGGCAGAUUCUAAAUUUAAUUUCUACCACUUGCUGUUAAUCAUGUGUUGCAUUUACGGAUUGUGUAUUUUUUACUGUUAACUAACAACGUUGGUGUUGGACGAAACUAACUAUCAAAGGUAGCAGAGUAGUAUUUUGUACCGAUUCUUUCCGCUUUGCCAAAGCAAAUUAAUUUAAUCAUGUAUUAUUUUGAACAUAAACUCAAUUGAUCAAUUAAGUAACUUUGCUCAAAGCCCGAGACUGAUGAUUUAAUUAAGAUAUUUGGCUCGAGUUCACCCCCACCAGAGCUCUAAGCAGCAAUACAAACUAAUAUUGACACUGAGCUACUCCGGUAUUGAAACGAGAGCCAAAUUCAGGAAAACUUCCUAACCAGCAGGGCUGGUAUUUGAUUGAUGAAUCAUGACUGAUUUGCUCCCUCAGGGCAAUAAACCAGAGAUUUGCAAUCUCGGUCCAAUUAACUUCAGCAAAUAUGAAGUCUGAUGCUUGACUAAAAUUAUUUUCUACAUCAUAUUUGUAUAAAACGUUUUACUUCAAUCCCCAAAAAACUAGUUCGUUUUUGAGAACGCUGAUGUAUAUAAAAUGAAUGUGAAAUGUAUUAUAAUUAAAAACUAAUAUAAAACUGCUAAACUUUAUACUAACAAAAUUAUUCACUAAUAAUAUUAUUCUUAUGUACACAAGAAGAAAAUUUUGGAUAAAACUGCAUUUUGUAUUUGAAUCUUUAAAAAAAUGCAUUGAAUUUAAAAUCAAUAACUAUAAAAAUUAUGUGUGUUUCAUAAAUGUGAGAAAAAACUUCCAAAAAAAUAUAUAUAAAAUUAUUGUCGCGAGGACAUUUAAU